ACUGAAUCCAUCAAUAUCUUGUAAUUUAUUAAAUGCUGUGAUUAAAAAUACAAUUCUCACUAAUAUAUACAUAUUUGCUGUUGGUAACAUUGUUGUUGUUAGGUGACAUUGUGCUUGGAGUAAAAGCUUGAAAGUGAGAUCCCAAGGCAAUAUCCCUUCAACCCCAGGCAUUAUUUAAGUAAUAAUAAGUUAAAAGUAAAUUACAUUUAUGUAGGCAUUCUUUGCACCAAUCUGUUCUAACGCUUUGCUUGCAUUAAUUAAACUCGUCACAAAACUUCCAUAAGUACUAUCAUUGUCUAAGCUUUGUAAGUGACGAAAAUGAAGGCAGCAUAAUAAGGACCUAUAGAAGGUCACAUAGCUAGUGUGCUCAUAGCCCUCUGAAUGAAAAGAGAGAGUGCUUUGUCAAUAAAAUAAAAAAGUUGCUGUCGCGUUGAUUCCAACUCAUAGCGACCCUAUAGGACAGAGUAGAAUUGUCCCAUAGGGUUUCCAGUGAGCGGCUGGUGGAUUGGAACUGCCGACCUUUUGGUUAGAAGUCGAGCUCUUAACCACUGCGCCACCAUUUUUAUUGAAAGUAGCUAUUAAAAUCUUCAGCCUAAAAUACAGCUCAGAUUCAAAUAGCAGUGCAGGGAACAGGAGCAAAAAAAUCGAGGAAUUAAAAGUUUAAUUAUGUUCCCUCCCUCAUAACCUUUUGGUCACUCACUGCCUGGAGAGGGCAGGGAGUUUUAGGGGCGGUGGCGGCUGCGCUGUUUCCCGCCCGCGCUUUCAGUUCUCGAUGAGGUCCGAUGCUUCCUUAUAAAGUACUCGUUACCCAGUUUUUAGAGUCACUGUCUUCUGUGGACUGCUCAGCAUUGUUUGCUAGACAUGUCUGGUCGUGGCAAAGGCGGGAAGGGCUUGGGCAAAGGGGGCGCUAAGCGCCACCGUAAAGUGCUGCGUGACAACAUCCAAGGUAUCACCAAACCCGCUAUUCGGCGCUUGGCUCGUAGAGGCGGUGUUAAGCGGAUCUCCGGUCUCAUCUAUGAAGAGACGCGAGGGGUACUCAAGGUCUUCCUGGAGAACGUGAUCCGCGACGCCGUCACCUAUACGGAGCACGCCAAGCGCAAAACGGUCACAGCCAUGGACGUGGUCUACGCUCUCAAGCGCCAGGGUCGCACUCUGUAUGGCUUUGGAGGUUAAGGUUAUAUAACCCCUUCUGAAAGUUCCUCCCCCUCCCCCAAAGGCCCUUUUCAGGGCCGCCCACUGACUUACAGGAAGAGCUGUGCUCUGAUGUUUUUUGGAAUCUUCAGAAUUUGUGCCAAACCAGUUGUAUUCCACUGUAAACCGGGCACUCCUAUGCGUAUCAGAGCUCGAUAGUGUAUAGUGUACGUGGACGAUCACUCGGAAGUAGAUCCUGGGUCACCUGAUUCGCCUUCGGCUGCGCUCAUAUCUCUUCUAUCCUUAACAAUGUAGUGGAACACGUGAACCCUUCCUGUCCCCUAUAGCCUGGGGCCUUAACUCCUGGUAAAAACAAAGUGUCCUUGCCGCUAUUGGUUGGCUUUCAGUCGCCCGCCCUCUUUCCAGCCAAUUGAGUAGCGCAGUGCUGAACGGGGAAUAUAUCUUUAGCCAAUUAGGGACCAAGAGCUUUAAUAGUCUCCAGACUGGUUCAGGAGAAGACGAAACUGCUGAGGCGGCUGGAAAUCCUCGUUAUCUUUUCACCUCUGUCCUUAAAUGGAGAACUCACUUGUCAGGGCCAUAAUAAGCUCUUUACCGCGUUGGGCUCCAGCCUGCCCCGCGCUAAAUGCUGGCUAUGGUUAAUUUGGAGGGAGCCCUGUAACGCCAAGAUCGUUUUUAGUAUUAGGGUUCA